UUCGGUCUUCACUGAAGCGGCCAUUUCAGCUUCCCGUUUCCUGCAAAUAAAAACUACCUUUCAAUGGAGUUAUCUACUUCAGCUAUUCCUCAGAAGAUUCCUAUCGUACUACCCUCCAGAACUCAAACCAAAGACCCCAAAGCCUGGAAAUCAAUAAUUCGAAACCAUGCCAGGCUGAGAAACGACCGAGCAGUGCUCACUUCUUAUACCCAAAUGGAGGCAUCAGGGGUUUCUCCUGAUAUCUUCGUUUUACCACUCGUCCUCAAGGCAUGUACCCGGCUAAAAGAGGUCGAAAAAGGCAGGAAGGUCCAUUCAGAUAUUCGGGCCAUGGGGUUAACUGAAGAUAUUCGAGUUCGGACUUCUCUUGUUGAUUUUUACUGCAAAUGUGGAUUUCUUGAAGAAGCUCUUCAUCUGUUCGAAGAAUCGCCGAACAGAGACACAGUUUUUUGGAAUGCUAUGAUUUGUGGGUAUGUGGGAAAUUCGCAGCACAAGGAUGCUGUUUUGUUGUUUGCACGGAUGCAGAGUGAGAAUCUGAGACCCAGUUCGGUUACUCUGGUGGGUCUGCUUUCGGCAUGCGGGGAACUCUUGGAGUUGAGAUCAGGACAGGAGAUACACUGUCAUUGUUUGAGGAAUGGGUUGUUUGAUUCAGAAUCUCAUGUGGGUACUGCUUUGAUCGGUUUUUACUCAAGAUUCAAUUUAAGGGUAUCGCGUCUUGUGUUUGAUUUGAUGGUGGUCAGGAACAUUGUAUCAUGGAAUGCAAUGAUUUCUGGGUAUGUUAAUGCGGAAGAUUCCUCUGAAGCACAUAGACUUUUUAUGUCGUUGCUAAUUGAUGAAAUCAGGCUGAAUUCUGUAACAGUUUUGAUUAUGGUCCAGUCCUGUACGAGCAAAGGGUUUGCUGAAUUUGGGAAGCAAAUCCAUCAGCUUGCCAUUAAAAAUGGGUUUUCUUCUGAUAUAUUCAUAGUGAAUGCUUUGAUUGUUACGUAUAGCAAGAAUGGGAGCCUAGAAUCUUCACAUAAACUGUUUGAGACCAUUCCCACUACUAAAAGAGAUGUUGCUUUAUGGAAUGCUAUGCUGUCUGCCUUUAAAGAGUUUGGAUCCUCUGAUGAAGCUUUCCGAUCGUUUGAGAGAAUGAGAUCAGAAUGCAUUAGAGCGAACACAACAACAAUUGCAAUUCUAUUGUCAACUUGUACGGACUCAGAUAAUGGAUUGGAGAAGGGCAAAAGCUUGCAUGCUCAUGUAAUCAAAAGUGGGAUAGAUAUGGAUGCAUCUCUUGGAAAUGCUGUAAUGGGAAUGUACAUCGAUCUAGAAUGCAUAUACUCUGCCCAAAAUUUUUUUAAUGAAAUGAGUAGUAUGAAUGUAGUGUCAUGGAACACCCUAAUUCUGGCAUUAGCUCAUAACAAAUUGACAGGUCAGCUGUUGUAA